AUGCGACUCCUCCACAAUUCGUUCCGCCAACGCCAGCUGGCGACGCAGCAUCACUUCCCCAUCCUCCUCCUCUCCACUGCCUUCCUCCCCGGGCAGCCCUGCCCCGGCUCCAAAUCCCCACCCAAACGGUCCUGCCCCACCCUCUCACCUGCCCCACCCUCUCACCUGCCCCACCCUCUCACCUGCCCCACCCUCUCACCUGCCCCACCCUCUCACCUGCCCCACCCUCUCACCUGCCCCACCCUCUCACCUGCCCCACCCUCUCACCUGCCCCACCCUCUCACCUGCCCCACCCUCUCACCUGCCCCCACCCUCUCACCUGCCCCACCCUCUCACCUGCCCCACCCUCUCACCUGCCCCACCCUCUCACCUGCCCCACCCUCUCACCUGCCCCACCCUCUCACCUGCCCCACCCUCUCACCUGCCCCACCCUCUCACCUGCCCCACCCUCUCACCUGCCCCACCCUCUCACCUGCCCCACCCUCUCACCUGCCCCACCCUCUCACCUGCCCCACCCUCUCACCUGCCCCACCCUCUCACCUGCCCCACCCUCUCACCUGCCCCACCCUCUCACCUGCCCCACCCUCUCACCUGCCCCACCCUCUCACCUGCCCCACCCUCUCACCUGCCCCACCCUCUCACCUGCCCCACCCUCUCACCUGCCCCACCCUCUCACCUGCCCCACCCUCUCACCUGCCCCACCCUCUCACCUGCCCCACCCUCUCACCUGCCCCACCCUCUCACCUGCCCCACCCUCUCACCUGCCCCACCCUCUCACCUGCCCCACCCUCUCACCUGCCCCACCCUCUCACCUGCCCCACCCUCUCACCUGCCCCACCCUCUCACCUGCCCCACCCUCUCACCUGCCCCACCCUCUCACCUGCCCCACCCUCUCACCUGCCCCACCCUCUCACCUGCCCCACCCUCUCACCUGCCCCACCCUCUCACCUGCCCACACGUCACCAGCCGCACGCCCUUGGGCAUGAGCAGCAGCGGCUGUCGCUGCACCAGCCCUCUCACAAAAUCCAGAGACGAGCACCCUCCCCCACUCGCCCCUGCUCCAAACCCCCCUCCAAACGGCCCUCCAAAUCUGCUGUUGCUGCUGGCUGUGGUAUUGCUGGUGAAGCCGGUGUGUAG